GAUCUUCCAAACGCGCAAUGCAUUGUUGUAAAAUGGCGGCAAAUUUUACAAGGUUUCUUGUUCCUUGCUGAAUAAUUUGGUAAUAAAACAAACUUUCUGUUGGUAUUUGCUAAUAUUGGUACUUGACAAUGGACGACCUGGACAUAGAAGAGGCCAGUGAUGAGGAGGUGGAACAGAUGACAGCGGCUGAAGCUCUAGCCAUGGUAGAAAAGGCUUGGCUGAAUGAAAAGUUCUCCCCCGAGCUGUUAGCACACAAACAGGACCUGGUGGACGUCAUGUUGGACCAGCUCAAUGAUAUGGAAAAGAAUAUCAGCAGAGCAAAGAAAGGAGAUCUAAAAGUUAGCAUCCAUAAAAUGGAGAUUGACAGGAUCAGGUAUGUGCUGGCCAGCUACCUCAGGAUACGUCUGGAAAAGAUUGAGAAGUUUGUUCACCAUUUGUUGGAAGAAGAAGCAGAGCUGGGAGAGGAUGUUCCCUCCAGAAUGUCACCAGAAGAACUACAACAUGCUAAAAAUUUUGCAGCAAACAUGGAAACUUUGUUCAACGAUGUUGUACUGAGACACAUGCCUCGCAACUUAAAGAAACUGGAAGGGUCCAAAGUUGCCAAGAGUCCGAACCAGGACAGCUACGUGUUCCUCCGGGUGCAGGAACAGGUGGAUCAGGUGAUGGUGGACGCAGCCGCGGAUCAAGGGGAUGAAGCUAUAGAUCUGGAGAAGGGUUCACAACACAUCAUGCGCUACAGAGUGGUGGCACCACUUAUAACCAAUGAUGCUGUCACCCUCAUAUAACUGCUGCACCAGAUCCAACAAAUUUACUAUUGAAAGUCCAUUUGUUGUCUCCUUAGUGUCUUGUAGCUAUCAAAAAAAAACAACGUAUCAUUAUAUAUAUAUAUUUUCAAACAGAUGCCAUUGAACUGAAGCGAUGAAUUCGUGUAUGUUAUGUAAACAAAGCAUUUUCAAAAUGUUACAGAUUAGGAUAUUUGUAAUAGGAUAUAAAGUAUUUAAUUUGUAAAAAAAAAGUAUGGGCUCAAUGGGAUUUGCUUCAUUUUUGGUACUGGCAUUUUUACUAUUUGUAUUCUUUCACCCCCAUACAAGAGUGACUAUA